CACUUGUCGAGGCCCGUGGCAGAGAAAUAUCCUCGGGGAGGAGAGCGAGACUUCCUCUGGGAUGGUCCCACAGAAAGUUGCACAUAAUUUCUUGAAAGAUUAGUUACGGAACAAACCAUCCCUCCAAUGAAUCCACCCCAUUACAUAGAAAAGAAACCGGUCCAACAGGCUCUGAUAAACGAAAACAGAGGCAAAUGAAAUCAUCUGGAGCUUCACGCUUCACGGUCACUCCUAAUAAAAAAAGAGAAAGGAAAACACACAGAGACAAAGAAAGAGAGGGACGAGAGAGAGAGAGCGAGAGAGAGAUGGGGGACAGAGCGCACUGCCGUCUGCACAGGAGCUGAAUCUGUGCGCGCUUUCCUGCCAAAAAUGCGCAGGCAGCGGCGCUGUUAAAACGUGCUCUGUCAAACUGAAAGACGUAGGCUGACAAAACGCCCAGCGCCCUCUCGAAGAAACCGGAGCCAGUGGGAAGGAUGCUGCGCUUACGAGAAGCAGGUGUAUCCAGCCAAGUGGAGGGGACGCAGGGAACCGAGCGGGAGCGACCCGCUGGAGCCGCUGGACAAAAACACCUGCUUCAGAGGAACAGCCCGCAGUCUUCGCCGCUUCUUUCCUAUUUUUAAUAGCUGGAUUUGGUCCCUCGAGAUGUACAUCUGGCAUCCAGAGUGGGGAAUAAGGGCGCCAUGAGACUGACGGACGCACAACUAAUUUGGGAAACACCUUAGAGGACAAGAGAAGAAAACAAAGAUAGUGUGCACGUCUUUGUUGAUCACAGAGAUCUGCUGACAUGCCCGGGACGGUCUCCUCGGCGCCGCCGCUCUACAUAGGCAUGGAGGUCCUGAUAGCUGUAGCCUCCGUGAUAGGGAAUGUGAUGGUGGUUUGGGCGGUGAAAAUUAAUAAGUCCCUGCGAGACACCACGUUUUGCUUCAUCGUCUCCCUGGCUGUGGCGGAUAUUGCGGUGGGAGCGCUGGUCAUCCCCCUGGCCAUCACGGUCAGCAUCGGACUUGAGACUUACUUUUACAGCUGCCUGCUCGGGACGUGCACCAUGCUGGUGCUGACGGAAAGUUCAAUCCUGGCCCUGCUGGCCAUCGCGAUUGACCGCUAUCUCAGGGUCAAGAUCCCGACCAGGUACAAGCGGGUGGUGACGUCCCGGCGGGCCGGCCUGGCUGUGGUGAUGUGCUGGACACUGGCGUUCGUCGUGGGCCUGACGCCCAUGUUAGGGUGGAACAAUCUAAAGCACCUCCAGGAAAACGGCACGAUCGGCCCGGACCUCAUCGUCACCUGCGGGUUUGAGACCGUCAUCAGUAUGAAGUACAUGGUUUACUUCAACUUCUUCGGCUGCGUGCUGCCGCCUCUGGUGUUCAUGCUGGUCAUCUACGUGGAGAUCUUUUACAUGAUCCACAAGCAGCUGAACAACAAGAAAAUCACCUCCAGCUUCUCAGACCCCAACAAGUACUACAACAAAGAGUUGAAUCUCGCGAAAUCUCUUGUCCUGGUGUUUGUUCUGUUCGCCAUCAGCUGGCUCCCCCUUCAUGUCAUCAACUGCAUCACGUUGUUCUGUCCCAAGUGCGACAAGCCGAUGGUUCUGCUCUACAUCGCCAUCCUGCUCACUCACGGCAACUCCGCUGUCAACCCAAUCGUCUACGCUUUCCGCAUCAAAAAGUUUCGCACUGCAUUUCAGAAAAUAUGGCAGCAGUACUUCUGCUGCAAGGAGACGCUGGCGUUGGACUUCCAGCAAAGUGACAGAAAAGACACGCCCAACGUGGAGCCAAAACCGGCCGCGUCGCCGCAGCCCGCUCACGAGGGCGUCUUUAAAUCGUAUCCUUCGCUGGAGCUGCAGCCGCCUCCGCUGGAGCUCCAGGACGAGCAGAAGAUUAUAACAUCUCAGAAAACUUACAAACUUCCCCCUUUUGUCGAGCAGAGCGUAGCCUGAGCGAAGGAGGGCGAUGGAUGGCUAAAGAAAUAACCUCUUGUGCAAAAGCGGUGGCUCUCUCCUCAUAUGAAUGUAGUUUGAAGAGAACGGAUCACAGCAAGUCGCCGCAAAGCUCUUGCAAUUUGCAACGUGGGUCUGUGGAAGAUUGUUCGUCCUCAGGAACAGCAUACAUGCGCAUAACAGUGCAGGCAGCGUACUGAGAAGCCUGCAAUGUCUAUUUACGUGCUUAUCUUAGUAAGAUACUGAGCACACGAAGCUUUAACUGUACUAUUACUUAUGGUGAAGCAGUUUGUGUGAACAUUAGAAAAUGUGCAAUAUAAGUUGUUGUGGUUUGUCAAGUAUCGACAUCUCCAUGCUACGACUUGCCUGAACAUUUAUACAUCAGAUAGAGCAGGGUAAUCUUACUACUUUAAUACUGUGUAUGUUCCAACUGACUCUGGCUAAAAAAAAAAAAAAAAAAAACGUAUAUAUGAAUGUAAUCGUGUAAAUAUGAGACGGCAUUCACUUGUGAAUGCUCGACUUAAUCUUCAGGGUCUAAAUCGCACAACGACGUGUGCAGGAAGCAGUGUUAAGGGACGGAACAACGUAAUGAGAGUUUGUGUCUCUCCUCUGGAGCUCAGUCAGGCCUCAGGUGUUCCAGCUGCGGUUUCCUGUUGCAGACGAGAUGGACGGGGACAUAAACAAGCACACAGAGGCUUUAAAAUUUUAAAAGCUACAUGCAGGACACUUGUAGCAGCUCACAGGGGAAAAACACAAGAUGCUCUUAGAUCUCAUGUUUGUUCAGUCUCCACGUCAGUAAGCUGUGAGUGAAGUUUUCUUUAGCUCCUUGUCAUCGCUACAUCACGGCAGUUUACCAUCACCAACUGUGGCUUUCAGGGCCUUGUUCAAAUACUCAGCCGAACACUGACUAAAUUCUGAAAUGUCAACCUGAAGAUUGUGAGUUUAACCUGUAAGCUUAUUAUUUUGCAUCUUGCCAAACUGAAGCAUCUUCAGAUUCAUAAUUAAACUAUGUUCAAUACCUCUUAAACACAGGA